UACAAAAUAUUUUGAUUUGAAAUUCGUAAUUAUUUGUGUUGUGGGUCAGGUGUUGUAUUCAAGGUACAACCGUUAUGAGAAGUGCCAGGCAGUAGAGCAUAAUUUGUAGAACGUCGAACCUUAAAGAAAGAAAACAAGUAAGAUGGGUUCUUUCAAGAGUGAAUUAAAGCAUAACAGUCUUUAUGAUCGUGUGAACAAAUUACUUGUGUCAUAUGACUGGAGUGAUUGUAGUUUUCUUGUUUGUGGCCAGGAGCUUAAAGCCCAUAAAUUAAUUUUAGCUAUUAGCAGUCCAGUAUUUGAAGCUAUGUUUUAUGGCCCAUUAUCUACAAAUAAAAGUAUAAUCAUAAGUGAUAUAGAUCCCAAUAUAUUUCAACUACUUCUUAACUUUAUUUAUACUGAUAAAGUGGAUAUACUAACUAUUGAAGAAGCUUAUGAUUUACUUUAUGCAUCUAAGAAAUAUUUACUGGAUACAUUAACCGAAAUCUGUUUGGAAUAUAUUAAAACAAAUACAAGAAUUGAUAAUGUUAUAUAUAUACUUAACCAGCCAGAUUAUUUGCAAGAUAAUGAAUUACUUACAUGUGCUUUAAAACUAUUUUGUCAGCAUGCUUACCAUUUAUUACAAGAACACAAAGAAGAUAUUUCGAUAUCAUCAUGGAAAAAAAUUCUAGAAGCAGAUGAAAUAAAUAUUAAAGAAAAAGAUUUAAUAAAAAUAGUUUUUGCAUGGUCAACUUCGUACUCAAAAAAAUAUAAAUUUCACACAGACACAACUGAUAGAAGGGAUAUAUUAAUUAAAACUGGGUUGUUCUCUUUACUACGAUUCAGUGCUUUAAGCAUUGAGGAUUUGGAUGACAUUGUUAAAGAUGAAUUAAAUUUGCUUUUACCAGAUGAAAUUUUAACCAUCAAGCACAUGUUAACAAAGACACUAUUUAGUGAUAAAAGAAUUAAGUUUGAAGAUAAAAUCAAUACCAUAACAGUUCCUCGUAAGUCAAUAGAAGUACAGUCUCACCUCUGCCACCGUGCCCUGAUAAGGUCUGAAUCUCCUAUAACAAUUGAUUCUCACAAUUAUUGUAUACAGUCAAAAAUAAAAGCAGAUAAGACGUUUUUUAUACAUUCUCUCAAAAUACAGUCAAGAAUGGCACCUGUAAAUAAUUUAUACAAUACCUCAAAUAUUUAUAAUGAAGACUUUGUAAUCUCUGUCCUUUCUGAAGAUGAUAACAGUAUUAUUAAAGAGUUUGAUUUUAAAGAAGAUACAGAAUAUGAUUGUUGUAUUGAUAUUGAGUUCUUGGAGCCUUUAUGUAUAAGGAGAGACCAAUGGACUAGAAUUAGCUUUAUUUGGCAAAAUCUAACUUUGUAUGACACUCAUAUGUAUAGUGUACAAAGUAGAGAUUUAAGCUAUACAAUGUUAUAUAAUAAAAUUAAGUUUGAGUUCCAAGAUAUUUCCUCAUACUCUAAUACAAGUGGAAGUUUCCUCAAAGGUUUUAAAUUUUGUAUGUAAAUAUUUAUACAAUGUAAACUAAUCAGCUAAUUUACAACAUUUAGCGUAUUAUUUUGAGUAUUAUCUAAUUUACCAAAUAUUGGUUAAAAUUUAUUACAAACGGGUAUCUUAUUUUAGUUUUAAGUAUGGUUAUAAUCUUAACAUAAGAUCUGAAUAUUUUUGUUUAAUGUAACAAUUUUUUUGUGCAUUUUUUAUUGCAUGAGUAAGCUAAAUUAUGAGUGGC